AUGAUAGUAAGUUAGCUUGCUAAAUAAGUGUCUGCAGUCUGGCAUCCAUAUUCACCACCCUCAGAUCACAGCCCAAUACAAAUGUAUGCAAACACUUCAAUGUAAUAUACUUUAUGUUGAUCUUCACCUCAAAGUAAAUAUAAUCUCAUUCUAGUUCUUCUGUAGUUGACCUGUCUCUCAGUUUGUGAUUGACAUUACUGGUCAGAGUUGGGCUCUACCACCACCAAGGAGGCGCAGGAGGAGGGACCCAGGUGGGCCUAUAGAAGUUGUGGACUUGAGUGACAACAACCACUCAGAUCACUCAGAUCCAGGGCAGGUGAGUCCACUACCCCAAGGAGAUAAAAAGUAUAAUGGAAUCUCUAAACACGACGGAACACACACCAGAAGUCCAGGUUCUCUGCCCCGCUCCCCAACUGAACAAGAUUUGAAUGAAAACAAAGCCGUUUUAAAAGCAGAAGAAAGGGACAUUCUUGAAUCCAAUCAGGGUUCUCUCAGGGAUUCUUCUUCGACUAGACCAUCAAAUGACAAGAACGCUGUGAAAAGCUCAGACACAGACAUUCCAAUAUGUCAUGUAAAAUCACCAAGUGUGCCUAAAUCUGAACCGCCUGCAGAGGCAGGAGCCUCAGGGUCUUCCACUAACCAGAUAACUGAGGAAUCACAACAAUACUCAGGUAAACCUUCUCAACUACUGUUUGAAGGGAAAGAAGAGCCAGAAUGCCUAAAGUCUGAGACCUCGACCUCUAUAACCAUUCCAAAUGAAGCUCAGACAAGCUGCAUUGGAAAAGUAGAAAAUUAUGUAUUGGAAGAGCAAGAAACAGAGUCUAUCACAACGAACAAACCUCUUUUAAUAGAGAAAAAUAAACAACCAGGGUCUGCACAAUCACUACUAGACGACACUCUCUCCCUCUCCCCCCAAAGCCUAGAAAGCCCCUAUUAUGUCCCAGGUGAUAUAGACCCGGUACCUUUCAGGUUCUCGGAGGAUUGGGGUGCACAUGAAACUCAGCACGACGACACCUGUUAUUCCCCUACACACAUACCCUUUGAGAUGUCUCUCUCUCCAGCUCCACAUGAGGAUCUAACAAGAUGGCGUAGCAGUGCGGUCGUGUAUUCUGUAGUGUGCUCGUGUAAAUAGCCAGUCUUUUUCGUAUUUAUUUCUCAAUCUCACUUUUCAUCCUUCAACUAAAUAUACUUUCCUGCAACCCGCCUCACCCAAUGUGGAUCGGAUUCUAUUAUUUCUUAUACCUUUUUAUCUACAACCGGCUGAAACUAGCCAGCUAAUUAGCUACUUGCUAGCUACUUGCUAUUAGCCACCGUUAGCAGUUUUCACCAUUGUCUGUGGCCUGCACUACCUACCAGCCAGCUCUAGCCUGGACAAUUAUCGGGCAGUCUGCACAGCGUGCUAUCAACCCAGAACAUAUCGGAUUUUCUGCCGGAAUCACUGAAUCACUGGACCUUUAACACCGGAUCAUCGCAACUAGCUAGCUGCAACCGAAUGGAUGUUGUUGUUGGCUAAUCACCACUGUCCCGAAGCAAGCACCAGUUAGCCUUGAGCUAGCCUCAAGCCAGGCCCAUCUCCCGGCUAUCUACCUCUCUGUCAACCGGACGGGAGCUCCUAGUGUCGACACGGAGCCCCGCCGAUCCAUCACGACUGGUCUGCCGACGUAAUCGCCUGAUGUGGUUUCAACAGGCUUCCCGUUGCGACGACCACGAAGAUCCAUCUGCUAGCCCCGGCCCGCUAGCACACGCAAUCAACAGCCGUGCCUCCUGCUCGCCUGUGCCGUAGCAGCCAUCAAACUACUACUCCCGGACUCACCUAUUGCUGUUCACUGGACCUUAUGAUCACUCAGCUACACAGCUGAUGCCUGCUGGACUGUUCCUUUACACGGUACCCCAUCCUGUUUAUCUGUCCUGUUUAUCUGUUUAGCCUCAGCCCAUACUUUCGUCGCCAUUACCAGUUGUUGUCUUAGCUCUCUCGAAUAACACCUGUGAUUGCUUUAUGCCUCUCUCCCAUGUCAAUAUGCCUUGCCUAUUGCUGUUUGGGUUAGUUCUUAUUAUACAAUUUUACUGUAGAGCCCCCAGUCCCGCUCAACCUGCCUCAGAUAGCUCCUUUGUCCCACCCCCCACACACGCGGAGACCGGCUCAAUCGGUGCCUCCAGUGAUGCUAUCUCUUUCAUCGUUACCCAAUGCUAAGGUUUACCUCCACUGUACUCAUAUCCUUCCAUAUCCUUGUCUGUACAUAAUGCCCUGAAUCUAUUCUACAACGCCCGGAAAUCUGUACCCAAUGCACUAGAAGACCAGUUCUUAAAGCCUUUAGCCGUAUCCUUAUUCUACUCCUCCUCUGUUCCUCUGGUGAUGUAGAGGUUAACCCAGGCCCUGUAGCCCCCAGUAUCACUCCUACUCCACAGGCGCUAUCAUUUGUUGACUUCUGUAACCGUAAAAGCCUUGGUUUCUUGCAUGUUAACAUCAGAAGCCUCCUCCCUAAGUUUGAGUUAUUCACUGCGUUAGCACACUCCGCCAACCCUGAUGUUCUAGCAGUGUCUGAAUCCUGGCUUAGGAAGGCCACCAAAAACUCUGACAUUUUGUCACGAGAAUUUCUAUCUCUAAUUAAUCAAACUUAAUGCUCUGAAUAAUUCCCAGAGGGUGUAAGGCUCUGGUUUAAUCAUGAAUUAAACAAAGGUCCACAACCGGCAAGAAUGAUCUGUAUGUUUAAUCAUGGAGAGCUCUGCCGCCAAAAAACACAUAUACAGCUUUUAUACCCCUUGACACACAAAGGCACUUUGCUCCGUCCACCUUUAGGAGGCCUUUAACCAGUUUCUCAGUCCCCUUCACCCUGGAAUGUUUGUCUCAGCAGUUUCUAACUCACCUCCUCUGUUAGUGGGUUUAUAAUGAUAACCCUAACACAGUUCACACAGUCAUCAUCAGUAUUGGGGUUAACAAUUUUAGUCAUAAUCAUAAUUCCUCUAUCACAUUUCCAUCCCCAACUGCCAAAGGGGACGGAGUUGCAAUCUACUGUAGAGAUAGCCUGCAGAGCUCUAUCAUACUAUCCAGGUCUGUGCCCAAACAGUUUGAGCUUCUACUUCUAAAAAUCCACCUUUCCAGAAAUAAGUCUCUACUCUUGCCGCUUGCUACAGACCCCACUCAGCCCCCAGCUGUGCCCUGGACACCAUAUGUGAAUUGAUUGCCCCCCCAUCUAUCCUCAGAGUUUGUACUGCUUGGUGACCUAAACUGGGAUAUGCUUAACACCCCGGCCGUCCUACGAUCUAAACUAGAUGCCCUCAAUCUCACACAAAUGAUCAAGGAACCUACCAGGUACAACCCUAAAUUCGUAAACAUGGGCACCCUCAUAGAUAUCAUCCUGACUAAUUUACCCUCUAAAUACACCUCCGCUGUCUUCAAACAGGAUCUCAGCGAUCACUGCCUCAUUGCCUGCGUCCAUAAUGGGUCGCGGUCAAACGACCACCCCUUAUCACUGUCAAACGCUCCCUAAAACACUUCAGCGAGUAGGCCUUUCUAAUUGACCUGGCCCGGGUAUCCUGGAUGGAUAUUGACCUCAUUCCGUCAGUAGAGGAUGCCUGGUUGUUCUUUAAAAGUGCUUUCCUCUCCAUCUUAAAUAAGCAUGCCCCAUUCAAAAAAUUCUGAACUAAGAACAGAUAUAGCCCCUGGUUCACCCCAGACUUGACUGCCCUUGACCAGCACAAAAAUAUCCUGUGGCAUACUGCAUUAGCAUCGAACAGCCCCCGCGAUAUGCAACUUUUCAGGGAAGUCAGGAACAAAUAUACACAAUCAGUCAGGAAAGCAAAGGCUAACUUUUUCAAACAGAAAUUUGCAUCCUGUCGCACUGACUCCAAAAAGUGUUGGGACACUGUAAAGUCCAUGGAGAAUAAGAGCACCUCCUCCCAGCUGCCCACUGCACUGAGGCUAGGAAACACUGUCACCGCCAAUAAAUCUACGAUAAUCGAGAAUUUCAAGAAGCAUUUUGAUACGGCUGGCCAUGCUUUCCACCUGGCUACCCCUACGCCGGCCACCAGCUCUGCACCCUCCGCUGCAACUUGCCCAUGCCCACCCCGCUUCUCCUUCACCCAAAUUCAGAUAGCUGAUGUUCUGAAAGAGCUGCAAAAUCUGGACCCCUAAAAAUCAGCUGGGCUAGACAAUCUUGACCCUUUCUUUCUAAAAUUAGCAGCCGAAAUUGUAGCAACCCCUGUUACUAGCCUGUUCAACCUCUCUUUCGUAUCAUCUGAGAUCCCCAGAGAUUGGAAAGCUGCCACGGUCAUCCCCCUCUUCAAAGGGGGUGACACUCUAGAUCCAAACUGUUACAGACAUAUAUCCAUCCUGCCCUGCCUUUCAAAAGUAGUUGAAAGCCAAGUUAACAAACAGAUCACCGACCAUUUUGAAUCCCACCGUAACUUCUCCGCUAUGCAAUCCGGUUUCCGAGCUGGUCAUGGGUGCACCUCAGCCACGCUCAAGGUCCUAAACGAUAUUAUUACCGCAAUCGAUAUUAUUAUAAAAGACAGUACUGUGCAGCCGUCUUCAUCGAUCUGGCCAAGCCUUUCGACUCCGUCAAUCACCGCAUUCUUAUUGGCAGACUAAGUAGCCUUGGUUUCUCAAAUGACUGCCUCGCCUGGUUCACCAACUACUUCUCAGAUAGAGUUCAAUGUGUCAAAUCGGAGGGCCUGUUGUCUGGACCUCUGGCAGUCUCUAUGGGGGUGCCACAGGGUUCAAUUCUCGGGCCGACUCUAUUCUCUGUGUAUAUCAAUGAUGUCGCUCUUGCUGCUGGUGACUCUCAGAUCCACCUCUACGCAGACGACACCAUUUUGUAUACAUCUGGCCCUUCAUUGGACACUGUGUUAACAAACCUCCAAACGAGCUUCAAUGCCAUACAACACUCCUUCCGUAGCCUCCAACUGCUCUUAAACGCUAGGAAAACUAAAUGCAUGCUCUUCAAUCGAACGCUGCUUGCACUCGCCCGCCCGACUAGAAUCACUACUCUCGGCGGGUCUGACUUAGAAUAUGUGGACAACUACAAAUACCUAGGUGUCUGGUUAGACCGUAAACUCUCCUUCCAGACUCACAUUAAGCAUCUCCAAUCCAAAGUUAAAUCUAGAAUCGGCUUCCUAUUUCGCAACAAAGCCACCUUCACUCAUGCUGCCAAACAUGCCCUCGUAAAACUGACUAUCCUACCAAGCCUUGACUUCGGCGAUGUCAUUUACAAAAUAGCCUCCAACACUCUACUCAGCAAAUUGGAUGUAGUAUAUCACAGUGCCAUCCGAAGCCCCAUAUACUACCCACCAUUGUGACCUGUACGCUCUCGUUGGCUGGUCCUCACUACAUAUUCGUCGCCAAACCCACUGGCUCCAGGUCAUCUAUAAAUCUCUGCUAGGCAAAUCCCUGCCUUAUCUUAGCUCAUUGGUCACCAUAGCAACACCCAUCCGUAGUAUGCGCUCCAGCAGGUAUAUAUCACUGGUCAUCCCCAAAGCCAACACCUCCUUUGGCCGCCAUUCCUUCCAGUUCUCUGCUGCUAAUGACUGGAACAAACUGCAAAAAUAUCUGAAGCUGGAGACUCUUAUCUCCUUCACUAACUUUAAGCAUCAGUUGUCAGAGCAGCUUACCGAUCACUGCACCUGUACACAGCCCAUCUGUAAUUAGCCCACCCAACUACCUCAUCCCCAUAUUGUUAUUUAUUUUGCUCAUUUGCACCCCAGUAUCUCUAUUUGCACAUCAUCUUCUGCACAUCUAUCACUCCAGUGUUAAUACUAAAUUGUAAUUAUUUUGCACUAUGGCCUAUUUAUUGCCUUACCUCCAUAACUUACUACAUUUGCACACACUGUAUAUAGAUUUUCUAUUGUGUUAUUGACUAUUUGUUUUGUUUUAUCCCAUGUGUAACUCUGUGUUGUUGUUGUUUUUAUUGCACUACUUUGCUUUAUCUUGGCCAGGUCGCAGUUGUAAAUGAGAACUUGUUCUCAACUGACCUACCUGGUUAAAUAAAAAUAAAAUAAAUAACACCAUGUCUCAACCAGAGUCACCCAGUGAACUACCCCACCUCCCCCACCAGUACACACAGUCUCAAACAGGAUCCAGUCUACCCCCAUACCUCCCCUAACAGUGGGACCGAAUUAGGGCUGUUGGAGGCCUCAGAAAUCACCCAAUCCAGUUCCUGCUCUCCCCCCAUAGAGCCAAACCAGCUUGCUUCCCAACAGGCUCCCCAGGAUUCCCCGCUCCCUCCCCAGCUAACCACCAGCUUCACAACCCCUAACGCUUGCAUGGGAGGAACUCAUAGCGAUAAUAAGAGCCAGCCCAGUCAGACCUCCAACCCUACGUCCACAGUCAUCCAAGCUGGGGAGUCCCCAGACUGGCCUGUGGAUGAGACUGAGGCGGACCUGGCUAUGGAUAGCCCCCCAACCGGUUACAUGUGUAGCAGUAUCCCAAGUGACCCUCCCAUGUUGCUACGGUCUGAGGAGAUGGAUGUGGAGGCAGAGUCCAGAUCUCCUGGAGAUUUUCAGGAUGGUUUGGGGGCUGAGAGCCUGAUGACUACUGCAUGGAGUGAUGGCAGUGAUGAAGAGGAUAUGGGUGGAGAGAGGGAAGGUGAUGAGGAUCACACUGAGCCAGACGUCAGCAGAGAUGACAGGCGCUCAGGAAACUGAGGCAGCAGAUGGCUGGACCUGUUCAAGACCUGGUAAUUAGGAGAUAAAUGUUUCCAUCCUCUCUGUUGUUUCUCUCUGUCCCAGGAUGAAGAUGUCCAGGUUAGGACAAUGUAAUAAUUCCAUGCGUAAUCUUUUCAUGCGGGAAGCUUUCGAAAAUAAACUGUAAGUCGCUUUGGAUAAAAGCGUCUGCUAAAUGGCAUAUUAUUAUUAUUAUUAUUAUAAAUUCAUGGGAGCAGCGCCGUUGCUAAAGAUUCUACAGGAUUAGCAUUGUAAACGUGACCAGUAGUCAGGAAAUCAAGUAAUAAAUAAUAAUAAGAAAUCCCAUACAAAUCUGUCAGUUUCAGCUAGAGAUGUCUGCAUUCGUUGAUGUCGCACCUCUAUGGUGAAAGGUGACAGAGCUAGAGCGGUGUUUGUCAGACCAUGAGACAUCCGUCUUCUCACAAAAUCAUCUGUAGCAUCCGAACGGUUUGGCCUACAAACUAUUAUGACCCCUCUGUGGAAAGAGACACGUACAUGUCGGUUGUUUUUCUCUAGGACGCCCACAGGCCUCACAACACUCGUCUGAAAGUCCCCUGGUACCAGUUGAAAAAAUGAAUGGAAGUACAGUACCAGUCAAAAGUUUGGACACCCCUACUCAAUCACCUGACCUCAACCCAAUUGAGAUGGUUUGGGAUGAGUUGGACCGCAGAGUGAAGGAAAAGCAGCCAACAAGUAUUCAGCAAAUGUUCCUUCAAGACUGUUGGAAAAGCAUUCCAGGUGAAGCUGGUUGAGAGAAUGCCAAGAGUGCGCAAAGCUGUCAUCAAGGCAAAGGGUGGCUACUUUGAAGAAUCUCAAAUUUAAAAUAUAUUUUGAUUAGUUUAACACUUUUUUGGUUAGUACAUGAUUCCAUAUGUGUUAUUUCAUAGUUUUGAUGUCUUCACUAUUAUUUUACAAUGUGGACAAUAGUAAAAAUAAAGAAAAACCCUUGAAUGAGUAGGUGUGUCCAAACCUUUGACUGGUACUGUAUAUAUGGAGACAGUUUAGUGCCAAAAAUAAGGGGUUAAAUUCAUGUAAAAAAAUAUAUAUAUAUAUCCUGCUUUCUCUCAGAUAUAGGACAGACACUUCAGAACAAACUUUAUUUUGAUUUGUUUUUGUGGACUAUCUGUACCAUGAAGUGAAUAUGUUAUUCAAUGUGUUUGUAUGGGCUAAUAGCAGUUCAAGUUUUCAUCAAAUAAUAUUUUAUAUAUUUUUUUGAUACUUCAAGGGGUCUUAAAAUUCUAAAACAAAUAGCUAAAUGAUCCUAGGUAUAAACAAUUCCAUAUAGCUUAGUAGAACCCCCCCCCCCCCCCCCCCCCCCCCCCCCCCCCCCCCCCCCCCUUACCUGGGUAACUUCAACCUAGCUUCUGACACAUGCUUACAUACACAGAUCACAUUCCUAUCCUCCAUUGACCAUACCUCUCUCUCUCUCUCUCUCUCUCCAGGACGAUGAGGAAGAGGAGGACGAUGGCUUCGGCGACCUGGAGCCUAUGUGCAGACAGAGCCUGAGCCUGGUGUACAGCACCAUGAAGGAGAACUACCCAGAGGGUACCCUGCAGCUGCUGUCUGACCUGCUGCAGCCCCGCUUCAUCCCCCCAGUCACCAUUACCACCCACCUUCUCAGAGGCAUCCUGCUGGACCCCCAGUGUCCUGACUUCCUCUGUCUGGAGGCCUACACUCUCCUCAUGAAGACCCAAAGGCACAAUCACACUGAUCAGACCACUAUCCCAUGGGACUGGGAGCUGUUGACAUCAGUCAUGGCUGCUGAGCAGGUAAGGACAGUGACAGCCCUCUCUCAGCACCUUAUACACAUAAUUGUUAUUAGAGCAGUAAGAAAACCAAUGUUUCCACAAGCAUCAGGGUUACAAAUGCAUUAUGCCUUUCACUAGGAUACUUGACCUGAUACUUGACCUGACCACAUGCCCUUCCCCCGCAUUCUCCUCUUCCCUAGAGUCGAGGUAAGAGGCUCCACUGUGAGGUUGUGAGGAUGCUGCUACAGUACGUUGUCCAGACCAUGGCGGAUGACUUCCGGGUUAAACUCUCCUUCAGUGACCUCCACCAUUCCAUCACCAAGGCCACCCUGUCAUGUGACUUGCGGUUCACCCAGGUCAGGUGAGCAUUGUGUCCAUGAUUAAAAAUAUACAUAUAUAUAUAUUUUGUUAUUUGUCUCAUUUACUUCCUGAGAAAAGAGUUGGACAUGUAUUUUGUUUAGGGUUGUAUGACAGUAAAUUAGGAUUUUAUUGUUUUGAACAUCUUUUCGCUCCCCUCCACCAGAGAUGUUAUCAACUGGCUCUUUGCUGCUAUCGUGAAAUCAACAGGGAACAAAGUCUGCAGACACCAUCGAGGUGAAAACACAGAAGGAAAGAGAUGAAAAUCUCAAGUGAGUUGCACAAUACAUCUUCAUAAUAUAUUCCACAACCCUUGACUCAUUGUUUUGAGAAUCAAAACAUAGCACCCUACCUGGAAUUUCAGAUCACAGUUCAAAGGAUUCAGAAUAGAAACAGAGUAAUAGCAGUGUGUGUGUCCUGUGCCUUGUUGUGUGUGCAGAAUGGUGUUCCUCCGCCAGAAGAUGCUGUCCUUGGCCUUGGUGGUGGACCGCUCCCCGGCCCUCAACUCCAGCAAACUCUCCGGGGAACUCUUCCACAUACUCAUCAGCACCGUCCUUCUAAGGCAACACAGGUCAG